UAUUAUGUUGACACUAUCAUAAUCUAGUUCUAAAGCCAGUUUGAUAUCAGAGCUGGCAAUAAUUGUGACAUUUUCCCGAUAUAAUGUAAAAUUACAAAAUGUUCUGUGUUGAUUAAAUCGCUGCAGGCACGGAGGGUCUUGGUGAACAGCUGGAAAAUGUCUUGUGGGCACUCAUUAAAUGGCCCGGAUGCUCCUGUGUGCUGGCUGGAUGAGGAGGUCUUGCCAGAAAUGACCCUCCUUGAUGAUACAUGUGAUUCCCCUCUUCCUGGCAGAAUGCCUGCUACACCCGUCACAGCUGGGUCUAUGAACGGCAGGUUCACCUCUCUCCAGCUGAGUUCCUCCUCCGACUACACUACUGCUGAAAUACCCUGCCCCCAGGAGAAGACCCUGGAUCUUCUCAAAUCUAAUUUGAGCAGCCCCAAAGCGGAAAGUAAGACUUUCAACGCCAAACCUUCUAGACAGAAUGACUCAAUAACGUCAGAAACAAGCUCAAGUGACGGUGCUGAAGAAGACAAUUCUGAAGUCCAUAAUCCUGAACUGUCUAAACAUAAUAGUACAACAAGUACAGACUCUAAUGAUAAGAUGUUUGAGCCCCCUGAGAGUAUAAGUUAUCCAGAACAGUGGCUGGAUGUCCGAUACUUCCCAGAAAUUACUCUCCUUGAUGUCACACGUGAAUCAGAGCUAUUAUCUUCUAUGGAGGCCACACAGGAGAGUAUUUUUGAAAACAGUAGGUCUUCACCGGAGCACAGUGGAUCAAACAUGGCUAAGAGUCAAACAUCAGCCGAAGAAACAUCUGAUAGUCAUCCUUCUAAUGUUACUACCGACAUGAGCUCCUCGAGCGUUGUGUCUGUCCGGUGUGCUGCAUCGCUGUUCUCUACUUCCGACAUGCAGUGCAACACUAGUUCAAAGAAUGUCACCUCGGAGCUUCAUGGUGAACCUCUGGUGACCUCGAAUGCUGUGGAAGCUAACGAUGAAGAGCCGCCUGCCAGCUACGAUGCAGAGUUGUCUAGCAAGGAGACACGACCAAGCCCAAAAGCAUCUGGGUCUGUGAACGGCACAUUGACCUCUCCUCAGAGUUCCUCCACGGAUUCAAACACCCCUGCUCAAAUACCCUGCCCUAAGAAUACGACACUGGAUCUUCACCCGUCUAAUGAAAGCAGCCCCAAAGCGCAGAGUGAGGCUACAGAUCAGGCUACUUCAGUUUCUGACAACACCCCUGAAACUUCCCUCGUUAUUAGUCAGAAUGUCUCCGCUGUGAAGGCAACCAGUUCAUCUGCUGUGCGGAACACCACUUUUGACAGACGUUCUCUUCAAAAAACCUGUGCCAAUACUUUUUUAGGGGAUGCUGGUGCUGCAACCAGUUGCCUCCAAAACACUUUUGAUGCUGAACCUCCUCGGCAGAACGGCACGAUAACUUUGUCAGAAACGAGCUCAAGUGACGGUCGCCAGAACACUUUCGACAAGUCCACUCCUCUUAAGGUCUGUGAUGCAACAAGUAGCCCAAAAGAAAACAAUUCUGUGGCCCCAACUCCAGAUCAUAAUGGGCCAUUUUCUAGGACGGACCCCAAUACCAGGAUGGUUGACACCCCUGAGAGCGUGUCUGAAGUUAAUCCAGCUGUUGAGGAGGCUUCUGGAGCUGGCCAACGUGACACUAAGGAUCAAUCCCAAUCAAGUCUGUCUUUGACAGAUGGUCUCUCCGACACUUUAGGCCAUCAAAACAUGGAUGUGGAGAACAACACUUCAAACCCAUUCAAUUUGGAUGAUACCCGAGAUUUAAGGGCAGACCCUUUGAGCACUUCAACACCAAUGACUACCUGUAAAAUCUUCAGCGUAAACACUCAACGAGAGGGCGGCAAAACCACAGCGGCACAGAAAAGGCUGUAUGGGGAUGGUCUCAGGAAGCCAGGUGGUCAGCUGCCAUCAGAUGUUCCAUUAAACAUCUUAUGUGACCGAAAAACAUUCUUGACGCAUACAGCUGCUAAAUCGCUUUUGCCUCCUUUGAGAGCUGCAGCCAAGCUGUUGAGAGACAAGAAAGGCUCCGCACCUUCGGGAACGUUUGAUGCAUUGACGUCAAGCCUGCCCAUGACGAGACAGAGAGCCCAAACUGCUCCUGGUGCACCCCAGACCACAAGAACAUCAAGCUCUCACAAGUUGCGUGCUUCAACGACAGGAUCAAAGCAACCCAAUUCAGGUUUGCAGAGACCUCAGGUGAGCGGCGUUGCGUCAUGCAUCCAGAGAGCUGCAACAAGUCUCAGGCUGCCAUCAGUGAGGAGCAACGCAUCAUCUCACGGACUCCGUGGACCUACAGGUACUCGUUCAGUGGUCAGACUGUAAGAAAAAUACAUGUACGUACAUUUUAGUUCAAGUUUGGUCUUGAUGUUCCUUCGUAUGGUAUUUAUACACAGCUGUAUUUCUG